GAGAAACAUGGCGCGCAGGGACCGUUCGUAUUCUCCGGACGCAUCAAAUAAGAGGGUAAGGUCGUCCUAUCGUUCUUCACCUCGGUCUCCUUCUCCAACACGGCGGAAUGUAAGACCCAGUGAUAGGUCACGAUAUGACGACAGGGACCGUGAACGAGAACGCGACAGGGACAGGUAUCGCGAAGACAGAUACAGGGAAGAAAAACGCCGUGACUCUCACCGAGAUGAACGCGACCGCCGAGACUCCAGGCGGGACGACCGUCGGCAACGUUCUCGUUCUCGGGACCGGCGAGAAAAGGAUCGUGUACGGGACAGGCAACCCUCACCAGCUGUUAAUCAGCAAAAAGAUAGUGAGCCCGCAACGCCUACGUCAGCGGCACCUCCUGCUGGAGAUGAGAAGAAGAAAGGGUUAAAGGAUCGGUUAGAGGCUUGGAAGAAGAAGCGUGAGGCGGAGAAGGCACUGGACGAGGCGAAGGCAAAGGCGAUGGCUCUUGCUGGGAAGUCGGCGCCUC